GUCUAAAUCUAUAACGUCAUGUCAAAUAGAUUGUCAGUCAUUAAUCUAAAAUGUCUCAGACACUAGCAAAACUUUACCCUCUAGCAAAUAGGGUAGUUAUAAAAAGGGCAGAAAGUGCAGCACGUUCACAAGGGGGCAUAGUGUUGCCAGAAAAUGUCAAGUCGAAAUUGUUAAGGGGCACAGUGGUUGCUGUUGGGCCCGGACACGUCAAUAACGAAGGAGAAAGGAUCCCUCUUUCGGUUCAAGUAGGUGACAAUGUCAUCCUGCCUGAUUACGGUGGAACAAAACUGGAGAUUGGGGAACAAAAGGACCUGUAUGUGUUCAGGGAGCCUGACAUUCUCGCGAAGAUAACUGAGUGAUUUGAAUAUUGUGACUUCAGUCAAAUAAAUUACUUUUUCAACUAUG